CUGUUUUGUAUAUAAAGUGGGGGAUGUUCUAAAUGAAUGAAUACCAGUUUAUAGAAAUACGUUUCCUCUCUGCUACUACUUUCUUACUUUAUGACACUUUUUGAGCCCAUCAAAGUCGGCGCCGUCCAGCUACAGCAUCGUGUUGUGCUUGCACCGAUGACAAGACUCAGAAACGACGAAAACAAUGUCCCUACAGAGCUUGUAGUUGAAUACUAUCGCCAGCGUGCCAAUCCCGGUGGGCUCUUAAUUACCGAAGGUGGCAAGAUAUCAGAUAAGGCUGGAGGGUUUCCACAUGUUCCUGGUUUCUAUACCGAGCAGCAAAUUGAAGCAUGGCGCAAGGUCACCCAAGCAGUGCACGAAAAAGGAGGUUAUAUUUUUGCCCAAAUAUGGCACGGUGGCCGCGCUGGAUCGUCGCUUUAUCUUGAUAACAAACCACCCCUCGCACCGUCACCCAUCGCGGCUGUCGAUCGCAUCAACGCUUUCACAGGCAAACCAUACGAGGUCCCGCGUGAGACAACCAAAGACGAUAUCCAAGAUAUCAUUCAGCAAUAUGCGACAGCAGCAAAGGAUGCAAUCAAGGCAGGAUUUGACGGUGUCGAGUUGCAUGGCGCCAACGGGUUUCUCAUUCACCAGUUUCUCAGCUCAUCAGCCAACCAGCGUACGGACGAAUACGGUGGAUCCAUUCCCAACCGAGCUCGCUUUGCGCUUCAAGUGGUAGAUGCAGUCAUUGAAGCCGUUGGUGCAGAACGCACGGGCAUUCGGUUAUCGCCGUGGGGCGGGGAAGAAGGGGAUGUAACUGACGGAGAUACAACAUACGAAACCUACAGCUAUUUAUUGAAACAAUUGAACCCCAAAGGCAUCGCUUAUGUUCAUUUUGUGGAACCCCGAGACGAUUUCAUACGCGAAACAGUAGACUUGGUAAACUCGCUGGAUCCGUUCCGCGACAUUUGGCAAGGCCCGUUUAUUUCGGCAGGUGGGUAUACGACCCACCCAGAAUCCAUUGCUGCUAGAGCCAAGGAAACCGGCGAUUUAGUCGCUGUCGGUAGGGCAUACAUUGCCAAUCCAGAUCUGGUUGACCGACUCAAGAAUGAUUGGCCUUUAAACAAGUACAAAAGAGACACCUUCUACGCUCAAGGAGCGGAAGGUUAUACCGAUUACCCCUUCUAUGCUAAAGCUUAGACGUACAUUCUAUGUCUUUCCCAUUUAGUAUCACCACUUUAGCAAUAAACUGUACCUUUUACUAUUA